CUCCCAUCACAAGUUUAAAAUGAAUAAUGAUUUCAGACUGAAAUCAUAGAAAUUAAUCAACUACUUUCCAUGGCAUGCGUAACCUGUUUGCUCUGGGUCAACAAAAAUAAUACAGAAAAAAAAAAAAAAAGACUGAUAAAAAUUUAUUUUUAAAACAAAUUUUUAUACUAUUAGCCAAUUGUAAAUCAUAUAUAUAAACUACGCAGAUAUAUAUAUACGGUCUCUGAAUAGUGAAUCGCACUCUACCCCGAAAAACCAAAACAUCCCAGAAGGCAAACGUAUCACUAGCUAACUAACUAGCUCUAUAUUCUGUUUUAAAUUAUCAAACAUGCAAGAAAAUAGUAAUCCAGGUGCACAUGCAGAGUGAUAAAUGCAGAAGCAAGGCACUGAAAAUUGCUGCAAUCGUUCAAGGUGUGCAUUCGGUGUCAUUAGGAGGUGAAAGCAGAGAUCAAGUGGUGGUGACAGGAGAUGGAAUCGAUUCUGUUUGCUUGACUAAUAAGUUGAGAAAGAAAUUCAGCUAUGCUACCCUUUUAAGUGUCACUGAUGCAAACGCUUCCAAUGGUGGCGAUGAUGAAGGUGAACAAACAACUUCAAUAGAAGCUUUGUCAGUAGCUUAUUGUCAUGCCAACUUUCCUCCACCUUUUCCUUUAUAUCAUGUAGAGUAUGAUUUUCAAACCCUAAUAGUUGCUUUAUACUAUGAGUUGCUUCUUGAGGGUGGUGAGGGCUGUAACUUACUUACUUUCAAUCAAAGGGUGAAACCAUCCAUGAGUUGGAAGCAAAUGCAUGCUUUAUGCUUUGAUGGCCAAUAAUAUUAUAACAUUUAGACCCC